AUGGCGCAAGGCGCGCGUGUGAUCGCCCCCAUCCUCAUUUCUUGUCUGCCGCGCCAAGGCAGCAGGGCCCCAGAACCGCCAAUCUCGGCCAAGUCAGCGAAACGCGCGGUCUCCGGCCUCAAGGGCAAGUGGCGCGCCGUGGCAGCCGCCGCCGCUGCCGCUGCCGUCGCCAAGACACCUACUGCACCGAAGAAGCACGCUCCUGCACCCCGCGCGGCUAGCGCCACAUCUGCCACCUCAACCGGCAGCCAGAGCGACAGCGCCCAGGCUGCCGCCACAGCCCCUG